AUGGCUGAUUACUAUGGGCAACCCCAACAUACUCAGCACCAACUCGGGCAGUCUCCUCGUUCUCACCAGAUGGUGAAGGCAGCUACUGCUGUCACUGCUGGUGGAUCGCUUCUUCUUCUUUCCGGGUUAACUUUAGCCGCAACGGUGAUUGCGCUCACCAUUGCGACUCCUGUGCUGGUGAUUUUUAGCCCCGUGAUUGUACCUGCUGUUAUUACUCUAUUUUUGUUGUUCUCAGGCUUCUUGGCUUCAGGAGGAUUCGGUGUGGCUGCGAUUAGCGUGUUGUCAUGGAUCUAUCGAUACGUGACGGGGAAACGACCACCGGGUGCAGAUCAGUUGGAGCAAGCAAGGCAUAAGUUGGCUAAUAAGGCUGGGGAGAUGAAAGACAAGGCUCAGGAGUUUGGACAGCAGCACGUUACUGGAACACAACAGACUUGAUGAGUUGUACUUAAAUUUGUUUA